GGCCGGCGGGCCAGCGCAGGCGGAGUCGCGGCGAGCUAGGCAAGAGGAUGCUGCUGUCCCUGGUGCUCCACACGUACUCCAUGCGCUACCUUCUGCCGGGGGUCGUGCUCCUGGGCUCCGCGCCCACCUACCUGCUAGCCUGGACGGUGUUGCGGGUGCUGUCCGCUUUCCUGCCCGCCUGGAUCUACCAGAGGCUUGACGACCGCUUCUACUGCGUCUACCAGAACAUGGUGCUUUUCUUCUUCGAAAACUACACGGGGGUGCAGAUAUUGCUAUAUGGAGAUUUGCCAAAAAAUAAAGAAAAUGUAAUAUAUUUAGCAAAUCAUCAAAGCACAGUGGACUGGAUUAUUUCGGAUAUGCUGGCGGCCAGGCAGGGAGCUCUUGGACACGUGCGCUAUGUGCUGAAAGACAGGUUAAAGUGGCUUCCACUGUAUGGUUUUUACUUUGCUCAGCACGGAGGAAUCUAUGUAAAGCGAAGUGCCAAAUUUAACGAAAAAGAAAUGAGAGACAAGCUGCAGAGCUAUGUGAAUGCAGGAACUCCAAUGUAUCUUGUGAUUUUUCCAGAGGGAACAAGGUAUAAUCCAGUACAGACAAAACUCCUUGCAGCUAGUCAGGCAUUUGCUGCUCAACGCGGCCUUGCAGUAUUAAAGCAUGUGUUAACUCCAAGAAUAAAGGCAACUUAUGUGGCUUUUGAUUCGUUGAAGAGUCAUUUAGAUGCAAUUUAUGAUGUCACAGUGGUUUACGAAGGGAAAGAUAAAGAUCCAUUAAAAGAAACACCAUCCAUGAUUGAAUUUCUCUGUAAACAGUGUACAAAGCUUCACAUUCACAUUGAUCGUAUAGACAAAAGUGAAGUCCCAGAAGAUCAAGAAUGUAUGAAAAAAUGGCUCCAUGAUCGUUUUACUAUAAAAGAUAAGUUGCUCACAGAAUUCUAUGAUUCACCAGAUCCAGAAAGAAGACAGAGAUUUCCUGGGAAAAGUGUGCAUUCCAGACUAAGUUUCAAGAAGACUGUACCAUCAGUAUUAAUCUUAAGUGGCUUGACUGUUGGCAUGCUUAUGACUGAGGCUGGACGGAAGCUGUAUGUGGGCACCUGUGUAUGUGGAACCCUCCUUGGCUGCCUGUGGUUUACUAUUAAAACAUAAGCAAGCUGCUGGCUCCAGUCACUGUCUCCUGCUGACGGCUGCACAUCACACCAAUUGUUCUGAAUAAUGAGAAGUAUAAAUAAAGCCUUGUUUAAGCACUGGAUAGAGUUUGUGAGUUGAGCCGACAUGCAGUUGAUCUUGGGCUACACAUGGCUUCUCAACUUUAGUACUGGGGUUGCUGCAAAAGUAAAAGCUGAGAGGAAUUUUCCUAUUUUUUACAUUCUCCAUGAGCUAAUGUCAACUUCUGGAGGUAUUAGGAUUGUAUAAUUUGCUAUUGUUUUAUAACUCAGAUGGCUGUAUUUUUAACAUUAAUUUUCAGCAUAUUUCACUAUAUUUGUUAUUUUCAAAUUUUUACUACUUGACAGCAGUAAACUUUUAUCACUAAAGUGUAGUAUCUUGAAGCUAAGUAAAACUGGCUUUUUACUUAAUUUUGUCAACUCUAUGAAAGACAUUGUCAUUGCUUAUUGAGGUGCUUGAAGAAAAGGGCAAGAAGUGUUCAUGGGGAAGGAACUCUUCAGUGUGUUUAUUUUAUUACAUUAUUUAGUUUAUUUUCAUUUACAUUUGCAAAAUAGUGAACAUUUCUAAUAUUUAUUAAAAUUGAUUAAUUUGCAUAUCCAGUAUUCUAUAUGCAAGAGUAAUGUAUGAGAUGUCAAAAUGAAGUCUGAGGUAAAAUUGUGAGGUAAAAUUCCUUGCAGCAGAACUUUAAGUUGCCCAGCUUCUGGAGGUUUCAGUGGUGGGUGCUGCUCGUACCUUUGCCUUCUGGGCUAUAAGUGCUGAAAAGGGAAGGCUCCUAGAACUGUCUGUCAAGAUAGACAGAGUGAACUUUUGGUGGACAUAAAGUUCACAGACCUUUGUGGUGACACAAGCCUGCAGAUAUUCUGACUGGAUUUUCUAGCAUGUGCCUUCUUGCCUUUUUCACUUUGAUUUAACCACAUGCUUGAUCAGAAAUCACUGUGUGCUCUGGUGGUGGUCUGCUGUGUGUUCCAGUCUCUUCUUUGGAUGACUUCCUUCAGUGUUGCUGCCCAGUGGUUUGCCCAGGAGGCGAGUGCAGACAUCAGAGCCAGACAGUGUCACCCUGUUCCAGAAGCUACUCCUCUGGCUCCUGGGCAUGAGCCUCCUUAGCUAUGGCAGGGGCAUUUUGCACUUGUUUGUGGCAGAAUUCAACUUUCUCAAGCCAGUGAAAUUCAGAACUGGGUGAAUCUGUUAUUUCCUGUUAGUUUUAAUGUUGCUACACAAUUACCUAUCAUCUGAGAAUAGGAGCUAUCUUACAGAACCAAAUCAUGCAGCUUUCAGUUAUGGAACAAUAUGCCUCGCAGAAGAAGGCCUUUCUAAAGUGUGAUCUCUAUUAUGGUGAAAUUUAAGUUCAUUAAGAUAAAUUCCUGCUAAUUACUUUUGUAUUUUUGUUAUAAAAUAUACCAGUAAUUCAGAUGAAACAUACCAAUUUUUGAAUCAUUAAUGACAAUCUAAAAAAACAUUGGGAUAAAUUUCUCCUGUUUUUCUAAAUCCAGAGAAAAGGCCAUCUCAAGAGACAUCCUUGAAGAGUCAUGUACUGUGAUUUGUUUCUCACAUUAGUAUGUAUGUGUAUGGAGAAUUCAUUAUACACAUCUUUCCACAGAACACAGUCAAUCCUAAUGGGGUGUAGGUUAAACUUGUGCAUCAUGUUCUUACACCAAAUUGUAACUUUAUUUUGCAAAUACGGUGAAAUUCACCCCCCCCAUUCAAUGUCUUUGUAAAAUAUACUUUGUAGAAGUCCUGUUAGAGCACUUGGACUCAGUAAAUAAAGUAAUUAGUAGUAGCUGUGAAACUUGGUAUACCAUGGACAUGCCCACAGUUAAAUGUUAAGAGGCUGUACCAUUGGAAUUAGGUGAAAUGUAACUGGUUUUCAGUAGGGCCAAGUGACCUGUAUACAGGCUGUUGAUUGUCGUGAGUCUUAGGACUAUGCUUUGCUCUUCACACAAUCUUAACCAAAAAAAAUUUUAAAAAGGAAUGAGAAAGAAUUGUACCAAAAUGUUUGAAAAAUAGAAGCUUUUCCCUCUUGUGUUGUGUUGACUUGACAUAACUGCCUUAUAAGCUGAAAAGCUGUAUGCCUACCUGUUAAUCCUUUUACAUAAUUUCAUUUAUAUUAUUGUUGACUUACAGCUGAGGUAUCACUUUGUUUUUCUUUAUAAGAGUGUCAUCAAUGUGCAUGCUUUUAUGUUUUACAGAAAAGGAUGUUUGGAUGAAAGUAAGAAAACAACAAAAUAAAGUCUUUCACAGUCUCA